AUAUAAAUAGAUAAAUAUAUAUUAAUUUCUCAAAAUAAAAAUCAGAACAAAACCCCUGAAAAACCCGUUCCUAAACUCUGCUAGUCUGCUCAACAGUAGAGUAUGUCUUUCACUCCUUCCGUCUCCAUCCCCACCUCCAAUCCCUAUAUCUUCCCUAAAAAUCCCUUCCUCGUCUCUAAACUUAAUGGAAUCAAAAUAUGGAGAAAUCCUCGUUUAGCGACUAAUAAAUUGGUGGUGAGGGCUGGGCCGAGGAGGAUAUCUUUUGGGAAAGAAUGUAGAGAAGCCUUGCAAGCUGGAAUCGAUAAGCUAGCUGAUGCUGUUUCUUUAACCUUAGGUCCUAAAGGACGCAAUGUUGUUCUUUCUGAUUCUAAGACAUUAAAAGUGGUAAAUGAUGGUGUCACAAUAGCUCAAGCCAUAGAGCUUUCAGAUGCAAUGGAGAAUUCUGGAGCAAUGUUAAUCCAAGAGGUUGCAUGUAAAAUGAAUGCUUUGGCUGGUGAUGGCACAACUACUGCAAUCAUUUUGGCUCGUGAAAUGGUCAAAACAGGCUUGUUAGCAAUUGCUUUUGGGGCCAACCCUGUUUCUUUGAAGAAAGGAAUGGAUAUGACUGUAAAAGAAUUAGUUCAAGUCUUGAAGAAGAAAAGUUUUCCGAUAAUAGGGACAGAAAAUAUAAAAGCGGUUGCUUCAAUUUCUGCUGGGAAUGAUGAAUUUGUUGGUAACUUAAUUGCUGAGACUAUAGACAAGAUUGGCCACGAUGGGGUAAUCUCCAUUGAAUCAUCUUCAACCUCUGAAACCUAUGUGAUCAUAGAAGAAGGAAUGAAGGUUGACAAGGGUUACAUGUCACCACAAUUCAUAACGAACCAGGAAAAAUCUCUGGUAGAGUUUGACAAUGCCAGAAUACUAGUAACUGAUCAAAGGAUUGCAACUGUCAAAGAAAUUGUCCCUUUGUUGGAAAAGACUAUGCAACUCAGUGUCCCACUUUUAAUCUUUGCUGAGGAUAUCUCAAAGCAGGUGUUGGAAACUCUAGUGGUGAACAAAAUGCAAGGUUUACUGAAUGUUGCUGUUGUCAAAUGCCCAGGAUUUGCAGAAGGAAAGAAAGCCUUAUUGCAAGAUAUUGCCCUUAUGACAGGUGCUGAUUUUCUUUCGGGAGAUUUUGGUCUGACUCUCUUAGGUGCAACCUCAGAUCAACUUGGCAUUGCACGGAAGGUUACCAUAACAAGUAACUCAACAACCAUAGUUGCUGACCCUUCUACUAAAGCUGAAAUUGAGGCAAGAAUUAUGCAGAUGAAGAAGGAUCUUGCUGAAACAGAUAACUCAUACUUGUCAAGAAAGCUCUCAGAAAGGAUUGCUAAAUUGUCCGGUGGUGUGGCUGUAAUUAAGGUUUGUAGUCUAACAGGCUAGUGUAUAAACCAUUUCAUAGAAAUUCUCAUUGCAGAUUCAUUCCCUUUUUUAUAUGACCCCGUGGUUCUGCUGAAUGAAUAAAAUUUAUGU